CUGCAGCUGCCCCUCCUUGGCUCCCUGGUGCUGCAAACCCCGUGUGGGACACCCAGGGCACUCCCUGGCUGGAGACUGGGGGGGUUUGGGGGCCCCAGCUCAGCAGGAGGGUGAAGCCAGGCUGGGCACACCGGGCCUUCUGCAGGCAAAGCCCGCUUACAGCUCAGCAGCUGAGUGGCAGGGAAAUGGCUUUUCCUGAGAGGGGCCGAGGUCUUUGGUUUCUUUGCAGAGAUUUCACUGGCAACUCCAUUGCUGCUGUUGGAAAACGAGUCUGGAAGAACUACCCAUGGACUGAGACCUUAGUGCUCAGGGACAAUGAGCUGCGGGAAGUGAAGAGCCAUUCCCUGGAGGGGCUGUUCCUGCUGAAGCACCUGGAUUUGUCAGGCAAUGAGAUCCUGUCCAUUGAGGAACGCGCUUUUGAGCCACUGCCUUUCCUGAAGCUUCUAAACCUCUCUGGGAAUGGCCUCACGCAGAUCCACAGCGGCACUUUCCAGGCCUGGCAUGGGAUGCAGUUUCUCCAGGAGCUGAUCCUCAGCCAUAACCCGCUGGCUGUCAUUGAUGACGCCGCCUUCUUCAAGCUGCCCUCGGUGACUUCUCUAGACCUGAGUGCCACCCAAGUGACUCCGCAGACGCUGCUGCUGCUCCUGCAGACCACAUUGAGCCUGGAAACCCUCCAAGUGCCCAAGGAGGUGGCCUGCUGCCUGUGCCAGGAGCGUCCCCUCUCCGAGAGCCCGUGCAGGAGCAUCCAGUUCCUCUGCGAGAAGCUGUGCAGCACCAGCACCCCUCAAUGCGCUCACACAAGUCUGGUACAGACACGGGGAGAAAUAAUGGAGAUGGAAGAACCCAGAAAGCUGAACAGGAGCCCAGUGUUGAGCCUGAAGCCCAAGGAGCCUUCAAUGGGAGAUCACGGAACUGUUACACUUGCGGUUGCCCUGACCCUGAGCACUGAGGGUGAUGGCAGCGGGCUGGAGAAUUCCAGGACCAGUUCCUAUCCCCCAAGGCAUCUCUUGGGGCACAAAGGGAAAACAAGAGUUGAUGACCUGAGGACCAAGCUCAAGAAGAAGCUGCACAAGGCUGAAGGCAUCAAGACUGUGAAAAGCAUUGUCCCACAUCAUUCCCAGCCUGCCAAUCUGAAGUAUGUGCUGGAAAAGACACCCUCAAGCUGGGAUCACAGGCAGCAGGAUUCACGUUUAAACUGGCAAGCACUGAACCCUUGGGAUGUGGCUGGUGGAUUAAACCCCUCUCAUGACAAGUCUGGAGAUAGACACCUCAGAGAUGAGGUGGAAGAUCAAGAUCCAAGGCAGAACUAUGUCAGUUCUCACAAACAGCCAAAGAAGGAGGACAGCCAGCUUUGGGUGGGACAUAAUCAGCUUUUCUACGAGGUCUUGAGCCCUGUGAAAGCAGAGGGAGAGCCCAGAGCCACCGCCACCAAAGCUGAGCAGGGUCUAAACAGGAACCUGGAUUUUCUCUCUGACCCAUUGGUUCAGAGCCACCCCUCUGCCAGCAGCAGGGGACAGACCACGGCUGAAGGGGUGCAUUCCCCUCUAGGAGGCCACCCCCAGAAGAUCCCUGACACCACAGAGGAUGAAGGCUCCCAGUUUCUUAAUAAUCCUUGGAGACCUCAAAGUCCAGGCUUUGAGCCAGUUCCAGGAGAGUCCUUCGAAACCACGGUCAAUCAUCACCUGCGCUUGCUGGUGCCAGACAAAGGCCUGCAGAGCUUCAUGGCUCACAUGGAGCAAGCUCUGAGGAUGGACUGCAGCCUGCCCCAGCUGAAACAGGCCUGUGCCAAGAUGGUCUCAAAGACCGGGCUGCUUCUAAAGGCACUCAGUGAGAGGCAAGAGAAACAGGGAGCCUCUGAUCACAUGGACCUGUGUCGUCAGCAAGAGAAUAUGCCCGGAUGCAUGGCCUUGGGGGAGGGAAAGAAACUCGUAGGGAAGAAAGCAGAGCACUCAGUGGAAAUGGUCAAGUUUGUGGUUUUGUUAUCUCUCUUCGUUAUCCUUGGUGUGAUGCUGAAAGUCUUCUUCCAUGUAAGCCAAUAUCUUGCUUCACACACAGCUGUCUGUCUUGUAACUGGAGUGCCCAGGUGA